AUGUGUGCAUGCAUCUGUGUGUCACCCGCGCUCUCGUGGCCGUGUUUCAAGUGCACUGACUGCUCCAGUUUCUGGCCGCGCGGCCACGCGGUCCUUCCCCCGCCGGGGCUGGCCCGCUGCCCGCUGCCCGCCGUUAGCCGGCGGGGGGAGUCCCUCACGAGUUCUGCCGCCACCCGAAAGAAGCUCGAGGGCCCCAGCGAGCUUUGUGCGCCACUCGGGCUCCGAACGGGGACACUCGAGGGCAUGCGGAAUUUGCCGAGCUCGUCGACCCUGGUCUCUUUUUUGGGCGCCGGCGGCACGUCUCCCGCCUAA